CACAGUUUGAAAAUACGUAAAGGAGCUCGCAACGAUGUCUUCAUUUUACCAAUAUGUGGUAUCUACGAGGAUUUCCACUUGGCUUACGUUUAACAGAACGGGCCGUCGAUGAUAUCUCUUACACAUUGGAACACGUUCACAGAGCGAUGGAGGAAGGAUGGAACGCGUUGAGCAACGGGUGGAGGUCGCUACCGUGGAAAUGGGAGAGGGAAAACGUAUGGAACAGCUGCAGUACCAGCCUAGCCGAAAACAGACUUUCCUUGAUGGUUGCUGUAACAACAGUCUGUUCCAUCCCUUUAUUAACAUUGAUGAAUCCUUCACACACGGAGCAAUAAUCAUCACCGGAUACGGAAUUCUACUGACGCUCUUCCGCUGGAUAAUUGGUUUGUGGACGGUCAGCACUCUCCCAGCCAUAUGUUGCAUCAGCGGGAUCUACUGUAUCGUGAAGGCGGUUAAGGAGUCCGUGUUCUGGAUCAUGAUCCUCCUGAUCCACAACAACCCCGUGGAACUGUCUGACACGGGUUUCUACAGAUACCACGUGUACCUGCUGGCAGACUUUCUCGCAACUGUUGUCCUUAUUGCGUCUGGUAUUGGUCUGGAGGCGGAUAACGGACUUAAAGGCUGCGAGUAUCAAGAUUCAACAAUGUGGCGACUGGCCGCGUUCUGUAUGUCAAUGGAUGCCUUCAUCCCACAUAUUGUCUUUCUUGUCGCCUAUCUGGCGAUGGCGUGUUUCUGUUAUGUAAUUGAAACCGCUUAUCAAAACUAACUUCAGGCUUUCAAUAGAAUUCUUCAUUGGACAAAAUAGAACUGAAAAAACCUUUUAACACAUGCAGUUAUAGUAUUUUUGUCAAGUGUAUUUACAUGGUAAGUGCAAAAAUAAACAUACAUUUUGUAUAACAUCAACAAUGUAUUAAGGGCAGUAAGUUUAAGGUAUACACAUAAAUUAUUAUGUAUAUUUAUAUCACAAUGGGCCAAUUGUUAAGAAAUUUGACAAAGUUAACGACGUUGUUAACGGAAUCCUUUUUAACGUUUAAAGGUGAUACAUUUCAUUAUGUGCGGAUGUAAUUCAAUUAAACAUACAUAGCGGAAUCCGCUGACUCAAUAUAUAUCAAAAGUAACGUAGCCACAUGUGUGUCCAUGAUUUUUUUAUGAGUAUUGAAGAUUAAAAAAUAAACAUCGAUUCAUUUAACAACUUGAUAACUUUAACAAUGUUCUGAACAAUCGGCCCUAUGUUGUCGUAUUAAAAAACAGUUUGGUAAAGGAUAAACAAUAAUAACAAGAAUUAAAAAGAAUAGAAUUACAAACAGACAGUGAUUCUUUAACAUAAUUUUACAAUAAUUAAAUUUUAA